UUGAGAUGGCCACAGCUCCUUGUAGGCUGGGAAGAAUUUCCGAAAACGGGGAGCGAUUCAUCGAGUUUGAUCUCGUCAAGUCCGGACGGAAUGGUGCUCCGGACGUACACCUUAAGUGUAGGAUCACGGCGACGAAGCGGACACGGAAGCUUCCGUCGCUGCAAGACGCGGAUCGUCAGAAGAAGUGCGAGACAAAGUCUGAGAAACAGCCAAGGUCAUUGUUUGGAUCCUUCCUCGGAAAUUGUCUCGGCGAUGUGUUCGGAACGGUCCAGCUUAUGUACCAGCUUUUAUCGUGUCUGUCCACGAAGUUUGCAGAGGUUGAGCUUCUGCAAGAGGGAGAAUGGUUGAGCGGACUUCCCGAAGAGAUGCCGGAGCAUGACUCUGCGAAGCUGAAAGUGCUGAACUGGGCUGAAGACACGCUGAACUGUCGCCGUGUCGUGCCGAGGAUAGAAGUGGAGGACCUUGAAGCGGACGACGAACGUGACGAUGACGAUGAGGAUGAAAGUUCCGGAUUCUUCAGCGACGAAGUGAGCGUCUACAGUGAGACGGAUAACGAAGCAACGUGUACUGUCGACAGACAAGUGCAGUGCAAUUUGGGAAAGUUCACGCUUGCCCAAGCGAAAGACUUGAACAACGUUCAGUGCUCUCCAGGACUGAGGUCCGGGAAAAGCAAAAGGGGUCUUCUGUCGCACCGAGAGCUCCCCGCGUGGCUACAAAACAACGACUUCCUGGUGCGCCAUCACCGCCCACCUCUGUAUUCCUACAAAGCAUGCCUCCGUUCCAUCUUCAGCAUCCACAGCGAAACAGGGAAUAUCUGGACGCAUCUACUCGGAGCCCUGGGCUUCGCCCUCUUCAGUGUCUACUUCUUCUCCGCACCGGUGCUCAACCUGGACUGGACCGGAUCGUCCAUGUUCUUCCUGUACUUCGUAGGUGCCGUAACGUGUUUAGGACUAUCAGCAACGUAUCACACUUUGAACUGUCAUUCCCCGGAUGUGUGUGACUUGUUCUGCAAGAUGGACUAUUGCGGAAUCACGAUCCUAAUCCUGGGCUCGAUCUACCCGUGGUUGUACUUUCAGUUCCUCUGUGACCCUCCGAAACGACUGUUCUACUGCAUUCUAGUUACCAUAAUGGGUGGACUGACCAUACGGUUGUCGAUGUCUAAAAAGUUCGGCGAACCGCGGUACCGCGUCUUGAGAGCGUCGGUGUUCUUCGGAUUUGCGAUGGUGUGCGGUAUUCUGCCCACUUCACACUACGGUAUUCUGUACGGCUGGGACAACCUGAUGUACGACACGAAGUUUGUGUACGUCCUGUUGAUGAUGCUGAUGUACGUGUGUGGGUCUUGCGUGUACGCGUCGCGGGUUCCGGAGCGGUUCCUUCCUGGUGCAUUCGAUGUCAUCUUCAACAGCCAUCAGGUUUUCCACGUGUUCGUGAUCUUGGGAGCGUUAACGCACUACGUAGGGAUCUACCAGCUGGCGUCGCUGAGGAUAGCGCAGGGACCGUGUGGACCUGGCAGGACUGACUCGGUGCUGGAGGCGCUCGGUGUCGUUUGAUGGAGGUCCUGGGCUUAGAACAUGAGCAAAAAAACACGUCCUCCUCACCCUGGUGAUAAGAAUCGCAAUCACGCGACGGGGCGCCUACGAGUAGGACCAAGGACCUUCGCCUGCCUGCCUGCCUGCCUGCAGCUGCACCUGCUGGAAGGAAAGCACCUGACCCGAACGGGGAACGUGAGCGAAGGCGACCUAGAAGGCGCACGCAGGAACGAAGAAUCAACCUUGCGUGAUUAUUCACGUACCAAGAAGUCUACCUCCAACUUUUCAUUCAGCGACAGUUUCUUGUAGCGGUGUUAAACUGUCGUAAAUGGUUCAUAUAGUUAUCGAUGUAGUUCUCCAGUCAUUUUUCAAUACGGGGAAGGUUAGCCUUUGAUUGUGCGGCACAAAGAUUAAUACAAUAAAUAAAUCACUACGCGCCUGCGCAGUACAAUGAAGUAAUUGAACUGAUGACGCGCUGCGAGUGAAAUCGGAAAAUAACGUGGUGUUCUUUAAAUGAGACAUACAAAUAGAGCCAGAUAUUAAUGAAUGAUACAAAGCGAACCAUCCAUGAUUUACGUUACUGUAAAUAUCUUUUUCUUGCACUAUCCGAACUGUUGUUGUGAACAUCAUUUAUGUACUCGCUAACACCUUUUAACUUAACUACUGUAACUAGUACUGUAACUGUACUGUAACUGUACUAGUUUUAUUGUUGCUGUGAUGUUUUUGUACGCGCGUCAGCCUGCCGUUAUCAGGUAACAAUUAUUGCCUCGUUUUAAAUGGAAACAUUAUUUUCAGAUAGUUGUCUCGAACGCAGUAUUUUCGUAUCAUUACCAAUUAUACGAGAACCCGUUGCGUUGGCUAGGCAAAUAAUUGUCUCGGUUAAAAUACUCUAUUUAUUUCAUUGUGUUGACUUGAAUACGAGUAUUUCGCGUGUGUUGCGCACUAUUCCUCAGGCCUUAUUUAAAUAUUGUAAAUAUUGUUUUCACGAGCUCAGAGCCAUUAGGACAACGUGAGGUGCACCGAGACAUUAAAGCUAGGCAUGUGCUUGAUUUUUGAAUGUUGAUGUAUUUUUAAUGUCGUUUUGUCGCUUCAAAGCCAAUUGUGUUAGUCACUACUCUCAAACACUGGUUGAAAUUCUACCAUUUCUCCAUCCUGUCGAUCAUGCCAUAACGAAGUAACAAAAUUCUCUCAUAUU